UCCAUUCAUUUCAUCAUCUCCCUCCCCCACUCUCUAUCUCUAUCUAUCUAUCUCUCUCUCCCUCUCUAAGAUGGACAACGAGCAACUCGGGAACUGGCAGCUUGUCUAUGAUGGAGUAGGAUUUGGAGAAGAAAGUCCAGAUUUCAGUGUAUUGCCAAUUUGGACCUGGCAAUUAGACAGUUUCUUAGGGGAAGAAGUGCUUGAUGUUGCUCCUCUGAUGCAAAGUUAUCCUUCAGAGCCUUUGUUUCCUACUCAGAACCUGUUUCAAGGUCAGUUUACUAGUCUUUAUUUUGUUAGGAAGUUUUCUACCUCGGUGUCUCUCUGAGUCUCCCUUCCUUUUCUUUUCUUUUUUUUUUCCCCACUUUUUUCCUGCGUUUUGGUUGGUGAUUCAGAUGAAUACUUUAGCAUGUUUGAUGGAGAGAACGGGUUUUGGGAUGAUAUGAAGGACGGGACCGAGAACAAGAAGGCGGCUUUGGUUUGUCAAGGGGAGAAGAGAGGGGAGAAGAAAAUGAGGAAGCUAAGAGAGAGUAGGGAGGAGAAGGCUUUAACUUUCGAGGAGGUGUCUCACUACUUCUACAUGCCCAUCACGCAGGCAGCCAAGGAACUCAAUAUUGGGGUUACGCUGUUGAAGAAGAAGUGCAGGGAGCUAGGCAUCCCAAGAUGGCCUCAUCGCAAGUUGAAGAGCUUGCAGGCCCUCAUUAAAAAUGUUAAGCAAUAUGGGAGGGAGGAGGGGGAUGUGGGAGAGGCAAAGCUAAUAAGGAGUGCAAUAGAGAUUUUGGAGCAAGAAAAGAAGCUGAUGGAGAAGGAGCCUGCGACGCAGCUGGAGGAGAAGACCAAGAGGUUAAGGCAAGCUUGUUUCAAGGCCAAUUACAAGAAGAGAAGGCUCACGGCGCUCGAGGAAUCGCAAGAUUCUGCAGCUCCUAGCUACCUUUGUAUGGAAGAUUGUGAGUGUAUUUACUGACAGGAUGAUGUUUUGAUGGAAAAGGUUCAGAUAAAAAUGAGAGAAUGCAGACCAUUUUUUUGCAUCUACAGAAGAGCUAUGCUAUAUUAAGUUUUCUAGUGGAAUAUCUAUCCUUAUUUUGUAUACUGUAACCACUAAAAAGAGCCAAGCAGAAACAUAAUCUUAAU